AUGCCCAGCUUUCGACUGCCCCCUUUCGUGCGCAAACCAACCGUGCUGGCGUUGGUGUUUAUGCUUGAGCUGGUUGUCGCACUGGCGCUCUUGUCGUCCAGCACGGGCCUCAAUGGCUGGAAACUCGGAAAUCCCGCCCCCGACAACGUCGACGUCCAGCUCUCGGAGCAGCAGCCCGGCGCUUCCGGGGACGCAGUCUCGCCCCUGCCGGCUGCACUCGCUGCCCAGCUGCACCAGCUUGCCCAACAUCGGCAGAACCAGGCGAGACGGCGACCGCUGGCACUCGUGUUUGUGGGCACGCGGCCGGAAGUGAUCAAAAUGGCACCGCUCGUGCACGAGAUGCAGGAGAACUCGGUCAACAGCCACGUAUUCGACACGAUCGUGGUGAGCACUGGCCAGCAUAGGGAAAUGCUUGCGCAGACACUGCGCGGCUUUGACCUCAAGAUUGAUCUCGGCCUCAGUGUCAUGCAGCACAACCAGAAUCUGGGCGCGCUGUUCGCCGCCGUGGUCGCGCAGUCGACCGCCGUCAUUGCGUCGCUGAGGCCCGAGGUGGUCCUGGUGCAAGGAGACACGUCGACUGCACUUGCGUGCGCCACGGCAGCCUACUACGAGCGCGUCCCAGUGGCCCACGUCGAGGCGGGGCUGCGGUCGUUCGACUUCAACCACCCAUUCCCUGAGGAGAUGAACCGUCGCGCAAUCGAUUCGUUUGCCACGUUCCACUUUGCGCCCACAGAAUACGCUGCAGAAGCCAUUCGGCGGGAAAACACGUGUGCGCGAAACAUUGUUGUCACCGGCAACACGGGCGUGGACGCCGUGCUGGCGCGGUUGAACGCCGACCCGCCCGCUGCGGCGCGCCGCCUCAUUGCCCAGCUGCAGACCUGCACCGGCGGUGCGUGCGAUGUCAACGACGCUCCGCCUGUGAUCAUUCUCGUAACCAGCCAUCGGCGAGAGAACCUUGGGGAGCCGCUGGAGUCGAUCUGCCGCGCCGUCAAGCGCAUUGUGGAAGACAACCCCGUCGUGCGCGUUGUGUUCCCCGUGCAUCUCAAUCCGAACGUGCAGAAAGUGGUUUUCGCGCACUUGAAGAAUGUCGACCGCAUCACGCUGACCGACCCGCUCGACUAUGACGUCCUGACCUAUCUUCUCCAGGAGGUCACCAUCGUUCUCAGCGACUCGGGCGGCCUGCAAGAAGAGGCCGUGUCCAUCGGCAAGCCGGUCGUGCUGCUGCGUCAAACAACUGAGCGUCCUGAGGGUGUCUACGCAGGCACCGUCCGGCUUGCUGGCACGAACGAGGAUCGCGUUGUCAGCGACACGCAGAACGUGAUUGACAACUUGGUCGAGUAUCACCAACGCAUCAAAGGCCAGAACGUCUUUGGUGAUGGCGCAGCAUCCGGACGAAUUGCCAAUGUCCUGCGCCAGUAUCUCGCUGCUGAUUCCGCGCAACGCCGAAAGUAUCUUGCUCCCUGCACACAAGAGAAGCAAGCGGAAUUGGCAAACGUUGUGUACGGCCACAGCUAA